GUGCAUAGUUAACCUGGAACGAGGCUCGUCCAAAGAUGGCUGCUGAAACGACUAUGGAUAAAAAAUCAGAUGCUGAGGUUAACUCAAAUGGGCAGAGCGCAAAGGAGACUAAAGAAAUUGCCCUCCAAUGGGCAGAUUAUUACGAGAAACAAGCUGAAAAAGCUGCUGCUGAAGGAAAAACAGACGAUGCUAGCUUGGCAAAGCAAUGGGCAGAUUAUUAUAGGCGGCAAGCUGAAGCAGUUCAAGUAGAAACAAAAACUGAUGAGAACGUAAAAGAACACGUAAACAACUCGAUGGAUACAUCUGAUGCCUCGCCCAAUGAAGACACAGUUACUGAUUCGAAGAAAGAAGAGCCACUAAACGACAGAAAGGACGCCAAAAAGAAAAAAGUUAAUCCAGAAAUCGAAAAGUAUUGGAAAAUCGUGAAAAAAGAUUUUAAAGACUUCAACUCCUGGACUUACUUAUUACAGUUGAUUGAAAACGAGGUUUGAAAAUAAGUUAACUUUCAGAGUAUAUGAAAUUUGGAUUUAAGAAUUCGUUGAUUAUUAACUUACUUGUCAAAAAUAGAAACUAAAGUAUGUUUAGUGUAUGAUAACGAUGACAUCGAGGAAGUUCGUCAUGCCAUGGAUUCGUUCUUAAAGCAUUAUCCGUAUUGCUACGGUUAUUGGAAGAAAUAUGCAGACAUUGUAAAAAAGCACCAUGGAUUCGAUGAGGUGGAGAAGAUUUUUGAAAGAGGAGUUGAGGCUAUACCGCUAUCAAUCGAUUUGUGGAUUCACUAUCUGGAAUGGACGAUUAAGCAAAGAUUUAAAGAUAAAAAUGAAAACAAUGAUGAGCAUAUUCGGAAAUUAUUUAAUCGGGCAUUAGAAGUUUGUGGAAUGGAAUUUAAAUCGGAUCGUUUAUGGCAAAUGGCUCUGGAUUGGGAGAGCCAAAAGCGAAAUUCACACAAUGUUUUCGCUCUGUACGAGAAACUAAUCACCAUUCCAACGCAGUCGUAUUCCAAUCAUUAUACAAGCAUAACGGAGAUUGUACAAAGUACAGAUCCAUUAGAAAUUCUUGAAGCGGAAGAGCUUAGGAAAUUAAAAUUACAGAUUCAAAAAGAAAGAAAAGAAGCUGCUGAAGCAGCUAAGGCAGCCCAGCCGAAUGAAGAUGCUGUUAUUGCAGCCACACUCAUUCCUGAUACAGCAGCUGAUGCUUUAGGUAAAUCCACCGAUGCAAUUACCGAUCCUCAUGAUCUUCCUUUAUCGGAAGAGGAAGAGCAAAAGUUACUUAAAGAAAAAAUUCUAGCAUCACGCGAAAUCAUCCAUAAGAAAACGGCAGAAGAGGUAACCAAAAGAUGGCAAUUCGAAGAAGCCGUUAAAAGGCCAUAUUUUCAUGUGAAACCAUUAGAAAAGUCGCAACUAAAAAAUUGGAGGGAGUAUCUGGAUUUCGAAAUAAAAGAGGGCUCCAAAAAGCGUAUAGCAUUGUUGUUUGAACGAUGUUUAAUUGCUUGCGCGUUGUAUGAAGAAUUUUGGAUAAAAUAUGCUAGGUACACAUACGAUUCUCUCAAGAAUAUAAACGAGGCUCGUAAUAUUUUCCGAAGGGGUUGCAUUGUUCAUUUACCUAUGAAAGUAAAUUUAGUUUUGGAAUGGGCAGAAUUUGAGGAAAAGGUGUCUGGUUUUGACGAAGCCCUAUCUAUCCUCGAUGAAUAUGAGAAAAGAUAUCCAGGAAUAAUAGCUGUUAAAGUUCACAGGUUGGGAAUUUUAAGACGAUCUGGUAACCUAGAUUCUUGCGAAAAUAUACUAGAAGAAACCUUAAAGUCUGUUUCGAACGCUACCGUUAAAGCUUUUUGGGCACACAAGUAUGCACGAUUUUGUUUGAAAGUGUUGCAAAAUUCUAGUAAAGCUAAGGAAAUUCUCACUGAAGUUGUCAAAGAGCAACCUUCGAAUGCUAAGUUAGCUAUGCAUCUGGUUGAUGUUCUUUAUACUGACAAUGACAUUGAUGGAAUGUUAAAUGUCUUAGAAGAAUGUACACAGAGAGAAAAUUUAACAGCAGAAGAGCGUAUUGCGUUUUCACAGUGUAGACUUGACUUUCUCGAUGACUUAGCUUGUGAUGUAAAACUUGUUGUAGCUGCCAAAUUAGCACACGAAAAUCUUCACUUUGAAAUAAAAGAGAAAAAACAAAAAAGAAAAGCUGAAAGCAUUGAAGGGGGUGGUGGUGGUGGUGCUGCUGCUGCUGCUGCUGCUGCUGCUGCAACCUAUACUGGAGGUGAUGGAGCAGGUGCAAAACGAACUAAAGUGGACCAAGACUGGUAUCAACAAUUUCAGCAACCAUCAGGAUCAGGCGAUUAUUCUUCGCAACAGUUUUACCAACAGCAGUGGGCAAAUUACUAUAGUGGUAAUUGGCAACAAUAG